AGAGCACUUGCUGCUCAACACAGAGCAACAAACACUGAAAAUUUGAACUGUUGUCUUCUUCCCUUCCUUCAGAAUACAGGGAAAUACCUGGUAGUCGCUCUUCUAAAACCUUUAAACCAAAGAAAAACAUUCCGGAGGGAUCUCACCAGUAUGAGCUGUUAAAACAUGCAGAAGCCACGCUUGGAAGUGGUAAUCUCCGGAUGGCCGUUAUGCUGCCAGAGGGUGAAGAUUUAAAUGAAUGGGUCGCAGUUAAUACCGUGGACUUCUUCAACCAGAUCAAUAUGCUUUAUGGUACUAUUACAGACUUCUGUACAGAAGAGAGCUGCCCAGUGAUGUCAGCUGGCCCAAAAUACGAGUAUCACUGGGCAGAUGGGACAAACAUAAAGAAACCAAUCAAGUGUUCAGCACCAAAGUACAUUGAUUAUCUGAUGACUUGGGUCCAGGAUCAACUGGAUGAUGAAACACUAUUUCCAUCCAAAAUAGGUGUUCCUUUCCCAAAGAACUUCAUGUCAGUGGCAAAGACCAUUCUAAAACGUCUCUUUAGAGUUUAUGCUCACAUUUACCACCAGCACUUUGAUCCAGUGAUCCAGCUGCAAGAAGAGGCACAUCUUAACACAUCCUUCAAGCACUUUAUUUUUUUUGUUCAGGAAUUCAACCUUAUUGACAGAAGAGAACUGGCUCCACUUCAAGAACUGAUUGAAAAACUGACCUCUAAGGAUAGAUAAAAGGAAGUGGAUUUGUGGAAGUAGCAAGCGUGUGGUAUUUCUGGGGUUUUUGUUUGUUUGUUUUGUUCUGUUUUGAAAACAAAACAAAACCUUGUUCUGUUCUUACAGGCAGCCAAGAUCCAUUCUUUGUGCUUUUAUUAGGGGAAAUCUUUGUCUUUUAGUGACAUGCAGUAAAUGGCUUUUUUUUCUCAUUGUGGAUUUUUAGUAGAUUUUGAGUGUUUAAAAAGGAAAUAUGCUUGUUGGGGGAUUUGACACUGCUGAUGGAUGGGUUCUCUUUUGUGUCAAUUGUAGCCCAUUCUCAUGAAGUCCCUAAAAGACUUACAUUCUCUAAGUGCCUUGGCAGACUCGCUUCUGAGGUGCAAAGCACACACAAUACUGAACAUUGCUGGAAACAGAAAAUAUAACCUACCCAGGACACUUACUGAUGCUUGGUUUAGAAUAUAUAUGCUUAAAGUACAAAAGCCAUAACUUACUUAAAGCAGUGAUCUCCAGCUUUUAAUACAAAGUAUCACCAUUUUUUAAAGAGAUGAAUAUAAAGCUUCUCAAAACUAGGUAUUUCUAAAAAACCAAAAAAAAAAAAAAAAUUAUAGUGAUGGUGACACUUCACAUCAUGUCCUAGUC